UCGACACAGCCUUCGGCAGAAGCUCCAGGGAAUCGGGUCAACCAAAUCCCAAUUGUGAGAGAGAAUCAUGCCCACAGAUGUGAGACGUGGUCGCAACUUUGAGUUUCUCGAAGGGGCUGUGGUGGUUGCUCUCAUACACGCCGUCUUCACGUUCCGGCUCGUUGCUUCGCGAACGAGCCUGGACCAUCUCCUUGGCUUCCCCAGUGUCACACCCAGUUUCUAGAUCCCGACGCUGCGGUCUGGAUGAUGGACAAUGCUCGCUCGUGACGUUGCCGCUUCCGUGCUUGUCACUGGGUUGCUGCGGCACUAGCUCGUUGGAAUCUGGGAAGGGUUUCAAGGUUGUAGAUACCGGAUGGUGCCGGAGUGUUGAAUCCGGGGUGGUGGUUUGGAGUCUGCGCCGAUUCAGAGCGUUGAAUUAUCGUUGGUUUCGCGCCCCAGAUGCUCUUUCGCAGUGGGUUUUGUUGUUCCACUCCCACUGUUGGAGUUUGAAUUCGGGACGUUUCUGCUCUUGCCUUGUUUGUAAUCAAGAGAAGGUGUUUGGGUGGGAGAUCUUUGAGGGCGGAGUCGUGUCAUCGGAGCUGGAUUUUCGAGCCCGUGGCAACCGCAGCAGCAGUCCUCGUGCUGCUCAGUGUCGGUAAUUGGAUUUCGUCUGCGGGGAUUAUACGAACGGAAGAUAAUCAGUUUGGUGGAACCGGGUGCAAUAUUUCUACACAAGUCAGGAAAGUCAGCAAGAUGAAUUCUGAUCAUGGGUCAUCACCAUGUUGGAAAAACAGCAGCAUUCCGACCAAUAGUGAGAAUUGCCCCCAAAGACGGCAAGUGUCGGUGUUCUAUUUCGUCACCACUGUGAUAGGCAUGAUAGUCUUGGCCCUCUUCACUCUACUCUUCCUCUUCUGCUUGUUCCUCAAGUGGCGCCGUGUUAGCCUCCGUCACAGCUCUCGUCCUUCAAGCAAUCAAAGAGCCUCGGAAACCACGGUCACAUUCUACUCUGCGACUGAGCCCCAUCCCAACGACGAAAACUCGGGGACGAGCGCUGCGGAUUCCAACAAUACUUCCACGAAGACGAUUGCCGAUGGUGCAGCUCCGUUCACGUGUGUCAUCAUGGCGGGGGAGAGUCAGCCCACCUUUAUAGCCAAACCGAUCCCUUCCUCUACUCUAGUCGCGGGCACAGCCAACGGCAGCCAAGAGACAGACAUGAAUAGCUCAAGACAAGCUGAUGUGAAGCCCAGAUAGCAUUGGCUUUGGAGGCUGUUACCAAUUUGUACCAUAGUCGUUUAAUCAGUAGAAGUCAAACUCAAGUUGUAAAUUAGUCGCGAUGAAUCCAUAUUCAUUACAUGUCGGCGGACAAUCUGUCACAGAGCAAGAUAGCUAUGUGCUCUCAGAUGUGUGGUUUCGAGAUGAUCAUGUUGUAACUGGUAUUCAGUCUUGUUUAUUUCUAUUUGGGUCACCAUA